AGUAGUUUUUUUGGAGCGCCCGUAGUACUAUAUAUUUGCGUAUUCCGCAACGCCAUACAAACGCGAAUGCCAAGAUAAAUUUCGAAAAAUGCCUCUAAGGGCAGUGAAUCGGCUAAUUUGAGGGAAUUCGGAUUCAUCAGGAUCCGGAAAUCAUCCCGAUGGGAUGAAUACAAAGCAUUUUUUGGGAGUGGAGGAAGUGUAAAUAGGACAAAUGGCAGGGGAAUUCGACGAUGUUGAGGGGUUUGCGGUGGAUUUUGAGGAUGACAUCGCAGGACUCAAUGAAAAAUUAUUGGAGUUAUUGAAAAAUCCCCCGAAAAGUGGCCAGAAUGCACUCUCAGGGACGAAUUCGUCGACUGACAAUGAUGCUGAUUGCCAAGUUGAAAAUAAUUUUUAUGAAAAUUCAGGGAUUGUACACUGCAAGUGUGCUAUCGAGUGUGGCUUUGUUAGGGGAAGUCCCGUCCAGCCGAGAAGUUAUCCUCAAUCUUUACCGCCUAUCGGAGUUUUUUGGGAUAUCGAAAAUUGUCCGGUGCUGAGGGGAAGAUCUGCUGCCGCUGUAGCCCAAGUCAUACGAGAUAAAUUCUUUCAUGGGUACAAAGAGGCUGAAUUCAUCGUUGUUUGUGAUGUUAAUAAGGAAAAUAAACAAGUCAUUCAGGAGUUGAAUGAUGCACAGGUAAAUUUGAUUCAUGUAGCAGCCACCUACAAGAACGCAGCUGACGAGAAAUUGAAACAAUCUAUACGGAGAUUCGCUGACAUACACGGAAGUCCAGCUGCGAUUAUCCUGAUUUCGAGUGAUAUAAAUUUCGCUGCAGACCUGAGUGAUCUCAGGCACCGUAAAAGAAUACAUGUUAUUUUAUUGCACAAUGAAAAUUCAUCCGAGGCACUUAUACACUGUGCCAACGAGCACUACAACUUUAUGGAACUCAUGGAGCCACUACCAACCAGAACGCCAGCCAAGGUUAGUGAGCCCUACGAUCUUCUGAUCAGCAACCUCCCCAAGGACAAAGGUCUGACAUCCAUAAGAAGACGUCUAAGGCGUCUCUCCGACAACUGUGGAGGUCGUGUAAUCGGCAUAAAUUCAAACGCCGCGAUAAUACGUUUCAGCUCCCAGGAUUCAGCCGACAGAGCACAAAAGCGCAUGGAUGGUGAGCCAGUUUUUGAUGCAAAAAUUACUGUGAGAUUUCUCAAGGAGAAAGGCAACCGAAAAGCUCAAGAAAGCAGCUCGACCCUUGAUUUGACGAGUGAAUCUGGAGCUGUUACCGGCUCACCUGUACAAAUGUAUAGCGCGAAUUCGGCCAUUGGUGUUAGGAGUUUGCCGGGCACAUCACAUUACAAUUCAUCGUCACCUGUUGUUGGAGGCUUCACGGGAUGGAAUGGCAUGCAUUGUGCUCCAGUUAAUCAUCAUUCGGGAGGGAUGCCACCAGCCCCAAUGUACGUAAACCGUUCCUACUCGAACACCGCUGACACAAUGUACAACAGACCGCUCACAGAGCCCCCACGUGGUCACUCCCCGGUGGUCUGGCCAGUGGUGGGUCCCCAGUACGGUCGUUCCUGGGAGGAUCCCUACAGGAUGAACGCUCAAAAGCCCUUCAACAAGCGUUCCCAACUCCCCCCAAACCGAGACGCUACCCAAGCCACCUUAUCCAGCACUCCAGAGGGCAUGAGACGUAUUCGUGGUGUCCACAGUACUCUCAACCACACAGCACCCGAGUGGAACAUGCCACGACCCUCGUACUGUCCCCUGCCACCCUCGAGUGCCUUCAACAGCUCAACCUACUGUCCAAAUGCCUACAAACGUGGCAGCUCGUCCCCCCUGUUCAUGAAUCAAGGCAGAGAUCAUUCAAAUGGACAGUGGAAUGGACAGGGUCAACACAUUCAGCCCAUGAGAAAUGCAAAGACGCCAUCGCCAUAUGGGAACUGUGGAAUGCUCCCAAUGGCUCAACCGUCUAAUCGCACAUCACCUUAUCAACACAGUGAGUCUGAAGAAGAGGUCGAGAGGUUCUUCAACCCCAUCAAUAAUCGGAACAAUUGUCCUGUGGCUAAUGUUGCCUACACACCCAUCGAACUUCAAGUCACUAAUUUGGAUCAGAGCAUGGAGCCCAAGGAAAUGAAACGUAUUUUGUCCUGCAUUUUCAUGGAGCACAUUCACGUCAUUCAUGUCUCUGUGUUCAUGCAGUCUGAUGGGAAUUUUGCUGCCAGUGUCAAGGUGCCAUCGCUCCAGGAGGCUCAGUACGCUAUUUCUCAGCUGCACAGGCGCAAGGUUGGGUACAAGAGGAUAUUGAUAUCAUAUGCACACACUGGGGGCCCGAACCCUCAGCUGGUGAGAUCGCAGAUUGUUAUGCUACUGCAGGAAGUCCCUGGGCACAAAUUACCACUCUUCAAGUUCAGGGAGAUGUACGAGAGUCGGUUUAUGAUAUCUAUUAGUGUCUCGGAGCUGUAUAAGAUGAAGGAUGUCUGCAUUGUUACGGAGGAUCCCAGUGGGAGGAUGGUAGCACUCAAUCCUGAUCAUAGGAAUACGCCGUCUCCUUGUCUUGGGAGUGUUACGCAGGACGGAUCCCUGGAACUGCCAUUCUGUACAAUUCACAUGCAGAAACCAGUGUCCGACAAGGGCUGGGCUGAACAGGAGAUGGCAUCCCUCCCAAACGUCAUGAUUCCCCUCGAGUUCCUCGCGACACGUGUCGAACAACUCCUAUCCUCUCACAGCGGAAGUCUACCACUCCCAAGUCUGCCAACUUGCUACGAGGGUGUGUUUCAGGAAGCACUGAACGUCGAUGAAAACGGUGUACCUCUCGAGCACUUGGUAUCCUGUGUCCCUUCAGUCGAACUGAGACAGGGGAUUGGAAGUGUGAAGUACCUCGUUUGGGUGGGAGACAAGGGACACGACGACAGUCAUGAGGAGAUCACCAAAUGCGUCAGUCCACCACUCGCCAAUCAGCUGGCUCUCUUCAGCAGGGAGCUCGUAGAUUUGCUGAAGACAGCUCCACACUGUCAGUUGCCUUUCAACCGAUUCAUUCCUGCCUAUCAUCAUCACUUUGGGAGACAAUGCAGAGUCGCUGAUUAUGGAUUCACUAAACUGAUUGAUUUGUUGGAGGCGUUGACACAUACUGUGCAGGUAAUGGGCGAGGGAAACAAGCGCGUGGUGACCCUCUCCCACCGUGCCCAAGUGCGUCGCUUCACGUCAGACCUCCUCCGAGUCCUGAAGGCCCAAGCCAGCAAGCAGAUAACGCUCUCCGAGUUCCCCAGCGUCUACGCAAGAGUUAUCGGAAAACCAUGGGACGUCGUAGACUACGGGGUCUGCGACAUCCACGACAUCCUCCACGAGGUCUCCGAGAACACAGUGGUCGUGACCACCUGCAACGACUCCGACAAACUCAUCUCCAUUCCAAAACGCGAGCAAACCCCCGAGGAAAUAGAACGAACGAAACAAUUCGCCGUCGAAGUUGUGGAGUUGCUUCGUCACGCCCCCCAGUGCAGCAUGCAGUUCAACAAAUUUGUUCCCUCGUAUCACCACCACUUUGGCCAUCAAUGUCGUGUCUCCGACUAUGGUUUCACGAAGCUCAUCGAACUCUUCGAGGCAAUACCCCAUGUCGUGAACAUUGAGGAUGCAGUUAAUGGCGAGAGACGCAUAAGUCUCACCGAAAAAGAAGGACUUCGAGUUUUGGGUGAGCAGAUAAGCAAGCUCGUCCUUAAAACUCGAGGCGGUCUCGCCAUUCCCAGUAUAGCCCAGGCAUUUCUACGUCAAUUUGGCUACAUGCUGCGUCCCGAGUUCUUCGGUUGUAGUUCAAUGCUACAACUAAUGGAGAAACUAGACGAUACUGUUAAAAUCAUUCAGGGAUCAAGUUCACCGGUGGUUGUUCUCGUGGACAAAUCCCACGUACAAUUGCUGGGCCUCCAGUGUCGUCGGAUUCUGGUGGACCAGAGCCAGCAGAAGAUGACGUUAAAAGACUUCAAGAUUGCUUACAACGAUUUAUACGGGACAUCCUGUAACAUAAAUGAAUUCAAGCACGAUCUCUCGGAGAUUGUUAAAUUCACUGGUGAGGGGGAUAAUGAGUCUAUCCAACUAACUCCACUUCAAUGUUUAGCCUGCAACAUUUACAAGAUUCUUAUGAGUCACGGGGGGAGACUUAGUCUCCAGAAAUUCGAGGCUGGGUAUCUGAACGCUUUUAAAAAGAGUUUGAACCCAGCUCAGUACGGUUUUUCCACCCUGUCGGCUCUUUUUCAAGCAUUGCCAUGCACAGUUACUAUUAAAGAGACUCGCACCAAGAAGAAGAACCUCUUCUUGAGUAAAAAAUUGGCAAUGGCGGGCAUCCCAUUGCCCUCGAACUUUUUAUCUCCUCACAGAGAUAACAAUUCUAGCAGUGAAUCGUUAGAGAGCGAUCAAAGGAUCGACAGCACUGAGAAUGCAAAUGCUGACAAAUGGACGGGCAAAGAUGUUACAGUGUGGAACGAUAGGAGGAAUAAUACUUUAUGGAAGAAGGAUAAUCACUGGGGGUUAUCCACCUGUGAGAGGUCCCUCAAGUGGUCCAUCCUCGAGAGCAGUGGCGAGUCCUUCUUCAAGAGCUUGAUAAACACCCCAACAUUGAAGAAGGAUCUGCCCAAGCCACCCAAGCCAGAUACCCCUCCUAAUGAUGACAAGGACACUUGGCAGUCGUCAGUCUGGGCGACACCACCAAAUUUCAAUCACGAUCUUGGUGGCAGAACUGUUGAGGUCCCUCCGAUCAAUCUUCCCAAUUGGAAUCAAAUUGAUGAUGAUGAUUCAGUGUCGAAUCUACUGUCUCCAACGAAAAAUCUACUGCCAGCAGCUGCUAAUCCACUCAAUCCCAGAACUUCACCUUUCUAUUCCAACAAGCAUUCUGUUAUAGCUCCACAUCCCUCUGAAUUACCACUGCCAUCACUAACUCUGGCACCCAGACGUGGCAUACAUUCCAAUAAUGAUAUGUUGGACUCUAGGUUACUGGGAAAUUCCCUGGAAGUUCACAGUCCAACUAAUUCGGAGAAUUACAGUAUUUCGGAGAGUGAGUCUUCAGAUGCACUCAAUACCACUCCCAGCAAGAAAAUGUUUACUGGCAAACGUCGACUUGCUGCACAGUUCAAUCAACCGUUGGAUUGAGGUGGGGAGGACGAUGCUGAGGCAUUAAUUUGAGUUUGUGGUAGGUAUUUUCUUUUGUUGUUGAAGAAAAUGAGAGAACAUUGGAUUGAGUUCAGGAGUUUUCAGAGAAUUUGAGAUAUAUUUGGGUUUGGAUGGAAAAUGUUGUAAGGGGUAAUGUCUCAUUCAUGACAUCUGCUUGUUACCAGAUUUAUAACGAUGAGGAUCAUGAUUUUAGUAUUGAUAAUUUGCCUUCGUGAGAUUCACUCGUUAUUGAAUAGUACCUAACAUUUUUUCCAGACUGUGAUAUACAAUAUGUACGUAAUGGAUUUUUCGUUUUUAAUUGAAACAGGUAGGAUCAGUUUUCGAGGGUAUCUUUUGAAUUUUAGUUAUUAUGAUUCCACUGGUAUUGGUUGAUGAGUUUGAGAGAUUUUUUCGGGGUGAAGCGAUACAAUAGGAUGAUCUUUUGAUGAAUAUCUUUGUUAGUCUGAUGCCAAUCGUCAGUAAAUUUUGUAGAAAUAAAGACACUUGGUGCAGGAAAAAUCAGUUUUUUAAAAGUAUCUCUGGAUUUAGGGCGGAUAGGGACAUUUUCUUAAGAAUUUUCACGACCAUUUCGCUUUUCAUGGAAAAAUUUAGGAAAAUUGCAGGGAAAUUCAAUUGAAUUUUUAUUGAACUUCAUUUUUUUGUUAA